ACACAGUAAGAAGCUAUUUAAUAUCUGACGAAACCAAACCAUAGCACUGUACACAAAGACAAGACUCAACUCCAUCAUCCUUACUUCACUGCACUGCACCGCACCUCGCCAAAAAGGUAAACUCAACUUCGUCGUCUCUCUGCUCUUCGCUAUUGCUUCGUGCUUAGUUAGUUACUAAGUUAGUUAUAUUCCAAGUGUGCACAUUCAUGAACUCGCGGUGCUCAUAGAUGGGGAAGGGAAAACCUAGGGCAGUGGAGAAAGGUGUGGUAGGACCUAGUUUGAGUGUUACGUCCUCCACUAUACCUGCGGGACCUGUGUAUUACCCUACUGAGGACGAAUUCAAGGAUCCUUUAGAGUAUAUUUACAAGAUUAGACCCGAUGCUGAGCCUUAUGGAAUUUGUAAGAUUGUGCCUCCCAAGGGUUGGAAACCCCCUUUUGCUUUGGAUCUCGACACUUUCACUUUCCCUACCAAGUCUCAGGCCAUUCACAAGCUCCAGGCACGCCCUGCUGCCUCAGACUCCAAGACCUUUGACUUGGAGUACUCUAGGUUUUUGAGGGAGCAGUGUGGUAAGAAGUCCAGGAAGAGGGUUGUGUUCGAGGGCGAGGAGCUGGACUUGUGUAAGCUGUUCAAUGCCGUGAAGCGCUUUGGCGGGUAUGAUAAGGUUGUUGAUGGGAAGAAAUGGGGGGAUGUUGCUCGGUUUGUGAGGUCUGGGAAGAUUUCGGAUUGUGCUAAGCAUGUGUUGUGUCAGUUGUACAGGGAGCAUUUGUAUGAUUAUGAGAAUUUUAUUAAUAGGAUGAAUCAAGGGACGGCUCAGAGUUGUAAGAAAGGCGUGCAUGAGGACCACCACAAGAGUGAUCAUGGAGUGCAAGCUGUGGUAUCCAAGAGGAAUCACAAGAGUGUGGAUGGUUCAAAACGGAAGGAUAGCAAAGUGCAAGAGGAGCAUGAUCAGAUUUGUGAGCAAUGUAAAAGUGGUUUGCACGGGGAAGUCAUGCUUUUGUGUGACAGGUGUGAUAAGGGCUGGCAUACUUAUUGUCUUUCCCCACCACUGAAGCAAGUUCCUCCGGGGAAUUGGUAUUGUUUCAACUGCUUGAAUUCUGACAGGGACAGCUUUGGUUUUGUGCCUGGGAAGCAAUAUUCAUUGGAAGCUUUUAGACGCAUAGCGGAUCGCUCAAGGAGGAGAUGGUUUGGAUCAGGACCUGUUUCAAGGGUGCAAAUAGAGAAAAAAUUUUGGGAUAUUGUGGAGGGAUUGGUUGGUGAGGUUGAGGUUAUGUAUGGAAAUGAUUUGGAUACGUCUGUUUAUGGGAGUGGUUUCCCACGUGAAACUGACCAGAAACCACAAUCUAUUGAUGACAAAGUAUGGCAAGAAUACUCAACUAACCCAUGGAAUCUUAAUAACUUGCCUAAGUUGAAAGGCUCAAUGCUACGAGCUGUUCAUCACAAUAUCACUGGUGUCAUGGUACCCUGGCUAUAUAUUGGGAUGCUAUUCUCAUCUUUUUGCUGGCAUUUUGAAGAUCACUGCUUUUACUCAAUGAAUUAUCUACACUGGGGAGAGGCAAAGUGCUGGUACAGUGUGCCUGGUAAUCAGGCCAGUACUUUUGAGAAGGUGAUGAGAAGCAGUCUUCCUGAUCUUUUUGAUGCACAACCUGAUCUGCUUUUUCAGCUUGUCACUAUGCUAAACCCAUCUGUCUUGCAAGAAAAUGGAGUUCCUGUCUACAGCAUACUUCAGGAGCCUGGGAAUUUUGUUAUUACCUUCCCCAGAUCUUAUCAUGGAGGUUUCAAUCUUGGUUUGAAUUGUGCAGAAGCAGUCAAUUUUGCUCCUGCUGACUGGCUACCAUAUGGUGCUUUUGGAGCUGAUCUCUAUCAACGGUAUCAUAAAACUGCUGUCUUGUCUCAUGACGAGCUUCUUUGUGUAGUUGCCCAGUAUGGUGAUGUUGAUGGCAGAGUGUCUUCGUAUUUAAAGAAGGAAUUGUUGAGAAUAUCGGAUAAAGAAAAAUCUUGGAGAGAGAAACUUUGGAAAAGUGGUAUUAUCAAGUCUUCUCGCAUGACUCCUCGAAAAUGUCCCCAAUAUGUGGGAACUGAAGAAGAUCCAGCAUGCAUUAUUUGCCAGCAAUAUCUCUAUCUCUCUGCGGUUGUAUGUGGUUGCAGGCCAUCUACUUUUGUUUGUUUGGAGCACUGGGAACACCUUUGUGAGUGCAAAACUGUAGAACUACGACUUCUCUAUCGUCAUUCACUUGCAGAAUUGUAUGACUUGUCAAUUUGUCUGGACAAAUAUACUCCCAAGGACAAAGCUGAUUGUAAAAAUGUGAAAAGGCAGUCUUCAUGUCUUAGUGCUUUGACCAAAAAGGUGAAAGGUGGCUCCAUUUCUUUUGCCCAACUUGCUGAAGCAUGGCUUCAGCAAUCACGUACUAUUCUUCAAAACGUUUUUUUGCAUGCUGCAUUUGUUACUGCAUUAAGCGAAGCUGAACAAUUUCUUUGGGCUGGUUCUGAGAUGGAUUAUGUUCGAGACAUGGUAAAGAAUUUGAUUGAAGCUCAGAAAUGGGCAGAAGGGAUAAGAGAUUGCUUUACAAAAAUUGAGUUGUGUCGUCGGGACUUGAGUGUCAAGAAAGUUAAUUUAGAAUUCGUUGAUGAGUUACUGAGAUUUAGUCCUGCACCAUGCAAUGAGCCCCUUUAUCAUAAAUUGAAGGACUAUGCAGAGGAAGCAAGGUUGUUAAUUCAGGAGAUUGAUACUUCUUGGUCAAUGUGUUCAAAUAUGUCUGAGUUGGAACUUUUAUACUCCAAAGCUUGUGGCUUACCCAUCCAUGUGAAAGAAAGUAAGAAAUUAGAAGCAAAAAUUUCUUCAAUCAAGGCAUGGCUGGAUAGCGUCAGAAAGUGCAUCUCAGCAAGUCAGCCUGCUGCACUACACAUUGAUGUUCUUUACAAGUUAAAAGCAGAGUUUGUGGAUCUUCAAGUUCAACUCCCGGAGAUAGAUUUGCUUCAGAAUCUAUUAAGUCAAGCUGAAUCUUGUAGUGCUCAAUGUCAUGAUAUGUUAGAAGGUCCUAUGAAUCUCAAGAAUGUUGGUUUGCUGCUUAAGGAAUGGGGCACUUUUGCAGUUGAUGUAGCAGAGCUGAAGCUUUUAAGGCAAUAUCAUUCAGAUGCUGUUUCAUGGGUUUCCCACUUUAAUGAUGUUUUAGGGAGAGUUCACACACUGGAAGAUCAACAUAAUGCAGUUGAUGAAUUGAGGAGCAUUUUUGAACAAGGUUUAUCUUUGAAAAUUCAAGUUGAUGAGUUACCAUUAGUUGAGAUUGAGCUGAAGAAGGCUAAUUGUCGGGAAAGGGCUGUGAAGGCACAUGAUUUGAAGAUGCCUUUGGAUUUCAUUCAGCAACUGUUGAAGGAGGCCACUAUGCUUCAAAUUGAGGGAGAGAAACAAUUUGUCAAUUUAUCUCAUGUGCUUGCUGUUGCGAUGCCUUGGGAGGAAAGGGCUAGAGAGAUGCUUUCACAUGAAGCUUCUAUUUCGGACUUUGAGGACAUGAUCAGAGCUUCUGAAAAUAUAUUUGUUAUUCUUCCUUCACUUAAUGAUGUCAAAGAUGCAUUAUCAGAAGCUAAUUCCUGGUUACGGAAUUCAAAGCCAUAUUUAGUCUCUUCUCUGUGUGCUUCAAAUUGUGUGCGGAAAGUUGAGGACUUGCAGAUGUUGGUUUCUCAAUCAAAGCAUCUUAAAGUAUCUUUGGAAGAAAGAGGGUCACUUGCAUUAAUUUUGAAGGACUGCAGAAUGUGGGAGUAUAAAGCAUGUUCUCUAUUAGAUGAUGCUUGGUGCUUAUUUGAACUGGAUGACUUUCUAAAUGAAAUAAACAAUGGUUUAAUAUGUAAAGUGGAUGAUUUGAUUGCACGAAUCCAAUAUGCCAUAACAUCUGGUGUAUCACUUGGUUUUGACUUCAAUGAGAUUUCAAAACUCCAAGCAUGUUGUUCUACACUGCAAUGGUGCAAAAGAGCCCUGUCCUUCUGCAAUUGCUCUCCUUCUUUAGAGGACGUUUUGGAGGUUGCAGAAGGUCUUUCUCAUUCAUCUCUUUCUGGUGCUCUGUUGAAAGUAUUGAUUGAUGGAUUUGAAUGGCUUAGAAAAGCAUUAGAGGCAGUUUCUGGACCUCGCAAUUCUAGAAGAUGCAAAUUGACUGACGUACAAGAUAUUAUUACCGAUUAUCAGACUAUUAAUAUGACCUUUACAGCAGUAAAUUGUCAACUUGAAGAUGCCAUUGGAAAACAUAAGUUGUGGAAAGAGCAAGUGCAUCAAUUUUUUGGUCUAAGUUCUAGAGAUCGAUCUUGGUCUUCAAUAUUGCAGCUCAAGGUACAUGGAGAUACCAUUGCCUUCAGUUGCCCCGAACUGGAUUUGGUUUUAUCUGAAGUUGAGAAGGUGGAAAACUGGAAGAAAAGAUGCAUGGAUAAACUAGGAACACUAGUCCAAAAUGGAAAGUCGCCACUUCAUGCACUGGAGAAGAUAAAACAGACUCUGGAUAGAUCGUUGUUUAUACAUGAAAAAUUGCAAGAUCUGAAGGAACAACACCUAUGUAUCUGCUGCUUUGUUGAUUCUGAAGAUCAGGAAUUUCUUACUUGUUCCACUUGUAUGGACUGCUAUCAUUUGCGGUGUGUUGGACUAACAGAGAAAGACGUACAAAUUGGAAACUACACGUGCCCCUAUUGUGAAAUUUUGAGGGGUGAUUUCCAUUAUCAGAAUGGAGGUGCCCUCCUGAGGUUUAGAAAGAAGCGAAUUGAAUUGAAAGUUCUUACUGAACUCAUGUCUGAUGCUGAACAUUUCUGUUUAUGGAUUGAUGAAAGAGAUCUUUUGAGUCAACUUGUUGAGAAAGCCCUUUCAUGCAAAUCUUGCUUGAGAGAAAUUGUGAAAUUUGCAUCAGCUAAUGUUGACGAAGAUAUUAGUGUUGUCUCUGAAAAAUUGGCCACUGCUGUCAAGGCUAGCAAAGUGGCUGUUGUCUAUGAUCAGAAUGAUACUCGUGACCUUGAGAUGGCUUUAGCAAAAAACUUUUGGAAAACUCAAGUGAAUAGAUUGUUAAAUGGUGUACCUAAGCCCACUAUCCAACAAAUUCAGAAGCAUCUGAAGGAGGGACUGGCUAUGGACAUAUCACCUGAAGAUCAUUAUAUGUUGAAACUUACAAAUGUGAAUUGCUUGGGUUCGCAAUGGGCAGAACUAGCCAAAAAGGUGGCAACCGAUUCUGGGGCACUCAGCCUGGAUAAAGUUUUUGAAAUUAUAGUGGAAGGUGAAAACUUGCCGGUUGAUGUGAACGAGGAACUAAGGAUAUUAAGGGCACGAUGCAUGCUUUAUUGCAUUUGUCGAAAGCCCUUUGAUCCACAAAGGAUGAUUGCAUGUUAUCAUUGUAAUGAGUGGUAUCACUUUGAUUGCAUGAAAUUGCCAUGCACAAGAGAGAUCUACAUUUGUCCCGCAUGUAACCCGUGUACAGAAGGAAUUCCUUCAAACCAUGACAGAUUAACUAGUGGUAAAUUUGAGGAGCCUAAAACCCCAUCUCCCAGGCAUUCAAACCCUAGAAAGAAACAGAAGAGAGACGUACCCAGUCUCACUUGCAACAUGUUCGCAACCAGGAAUGAAGAUAGUGAGUUUAGGUAUUCGGGUGGGAUAGAAUGUCUAAGGUGGCAAAAUCGAAAGCCUUUCAGAAGAGCAGUUAAGAAACGUGUUGAACUUCGAAGUAUUUCUCCAUUUCUAUGCAUACAACGAUUUAACUAAACAUAGUAGACAGUCAUUGGUCAUUAAAUUGAUUCAAUUGAUUUUUAUGAUGUCAUCUCAGCCAUUUUUAAUCCACCUUUAAUGAGAAAUUUAAAUUUUUGAUUU